AGCGCGUCGACACUACUCGGUGAUUAACGUCCGCGAUCGCCAGUUGCAACGUGAAGUGUGAGUGCCGAUCGGCAAUUAACGCGGCAAUUAUUCGCGCGAUACGGGCGCUAAUUAACAAAUUAGGCGUCGUAAACGUUGAUGCAAUUAUUGUGCGAUACCCGACACGUCUGUGUGAGUGGAGAAAAUUAAUACUGAGGAACCAUGAAGAACACCUUCUAGCUCCAAAACCCAGCAUACCACCAAACAUUUCUUAAUAAAAUUUAAGAAACCUUAAAAAAAAACAACGAUAAAAAUGCCAGCAACACUCUCAAAACUCCUCGAGCGUCAUGGCGUCCUCGCCGCCAUGACACCCCAAAACCUCUCCCGCGCAUUCGUCGGCGCCGUCCUCAUCACCUACGGCGUCAAAGUAGCCUACCCCCUGGUGGACUCCCUCAUCAACAAACCAAACAAACAACACGACAGCGUCAACAACAACCUGGUCCCUGUCCUACCAUCAAAACCCUCGGAACCCAAAGGUAUCCGCUCCCGCCUACGCAAAAACAUCCCCGCCCUAAACUUUACCUUCAUCCUACAAUUCCUCAAACUGGUCCGCAUCAUGAUCCCCAACCUAUUCUGCACAGAAACCGCACUUUUGAGUGGUCACACCAUGUUCCUCUUCCUGCGGACCUUCCUAAGCAUCUACGUGGCGAACCUAGAGGGCGCCAUAGUCAAAUACAUCGUGCGGAAAGAACCCAAAAACUUCAUUAGACAACUCCUCAAGUGGUUCGGAGUCGCCAUACCUGCAACCUUCAUCAACUCCAUGAUCAAAUACUUAGAAUCGCGAAUUGCUCUGGCGUUCAGGACCAGAUUGGUCAACCAUAGUUACCAGUUGUACUUCAAGAAUCAAAGCUACUACCGAGUGACAGUCCUAGACGGCAGGUUGGAUAACUGCGCGCAAAGAUUAACGGAUGACAUAGAAAUUGUGGCGAAUACUGUGAGUCAUCUGUAUGGUCAGAUUACGAAACCGUUGUUUGAUAUUCUAUUGAUGGCGAUUGCCCUGGCGAAUUUGACCAGGAGUAGAAAUGCGAAUAUUAUCACAGGACCUAUUUUGAUUAGUGCGGUUGUGGUGGUUUCUGCAUUGAUUCUGAGACUGGUCAGUCCUAGAUUCGGACAGUUGGUUGCCCAGGAAGCAGAGAAGAAAGGGUACCUCAGGCAUGUUCAUACCAGAUUGGUUACCAAUGCUGAAGAGAUUGCUUUUUAUGGUGGGCAGAAGGUGGAGUUGUCGCAUUUGAAGAAUGCUUACAGAAUUCUGUGUCAGCAUAUGGAGCAUAUGUUUGGGGUUAAGUUGUGGUUUGUCAUGUUGGAGCAGUUUUUGAUGAAGUAUGUGUGGAGUGGGACUGGGAUGGUUGUGGUAUCCCUGCCGAUUUUGAUGAAUGCGACAAGUGGUGGGGGUAGUACCAGAGAGGAGAAUUCUAAGAGUGAAAGUAAAAGUUCUUUUGCUGCUAAUGUGGUUGGAAGUACAGGAGAUGUGCCCAUAAUGGUUCAGGGGGGAUCUCCGAAUGGAGAUUCUAUAUCUGAACGUACGCAUUAUUUUACCACUGCGAAGAAUCUGUUGCUUACUGGGAGUAACGCCGUGGAGAGACUAAUGUCUUCGUAUAAGGAUGUUGUGGAGUUGGCGGGGCAUACCGCGAGGGUUGCUAAUAUGUUCCAUGUGUUGGAGGAGGUGUCCAAUGGGCAGUAUACGAAGACUGUGGUGCAGAAAAAUGGCGGGGAUGAUAUCAAGAGUGGGUUUCAGAUUGAGUUCAAAGGGGACCAGCCUGUACCUAAAGGAAAGAUAAUCUACACCUCAUCAAACGAAAUCGUCCUUAAAAACGUCCCAAUUGUAACACCGAAUUGUGACGUAGUGUGUCCCACCUUGUCCCUACACCUUCAACCAGGCGAACAUUUAUUGAUCACUGGUCCCAAUGGAUGUGGCAAAUCCUCCCUAUUCAGAAUCUUAUCCGGAUUGUGGCCCAUUUAUGAUGGAGAGUUGCACACUCCGAAGAAUUCGAUGUUCUACAUCCCGCAGAGACCCUACAUGGUCAUUGGUAAUUUGAGGGAUCAGAUUAUCUAUCCGGAUACCCCUGCAGAUAUGAUUAAUAAGCAGGUGCGGGAGGAGGAUCUAAGGGAGAUUAUGAAGAUGGUGCAUCUGGAGCAUAUCGUGGAGCGGGAUGGGUUCACCAUUGCGAAAGACUGGACGGAUAUUUUAUCGGGAGGGGAGAAGCAACGAAUGGCUAUUGCGAGAUUAUUCUAUCAUAAACCCAAAUACGCCCUUCUGGACGAAUGCACCUCCGCAGUCUCCAUCGACGUAGAAAGCAGCAUCUACCAGGCAGCCAUCGACCUAGGCAUCACACUCCUCACCAUCACACACCGCCCCACCCUCUGGAAGUUCCACACCCACAUUCUCCAGUUCGACGGCACCGGCGGCUGGGACUGCAAACCCCUCGACGCCGACGACCGGAUAAAACUCAAACGCGAAAAGGAACAAUUAUUAUCCGCCAAGCAAACCGACGAGACGCGCAUGCGCCUCGACGAACUCAAUAGACUACUAGGCGAAUAGCACACGUAACCUAACCUAAGUUAUUCAGUUACCGUAUCCAUUAUUCUAUAUUAUAUUAUGUAUGAGAUGACGAAAGCGACAAAUAUGUGAUUGUGAUGUGACUUCAUUUGAUUACCACGAGAUGAGAAAUCAGAAUUAUAGGUUAGGUUAGCAUAGCUCAAACAUGUAUGACUGUGACAGUGUGGCGGCGGGGUUAGGUUAUGAUAUAUGCAUAUGCGUACAUAUUAAACUUUAUACGAACAAA